UUCGGAACCGCCUUCCUUCCAUUGAAUCCUUAAUUUAACGUGGUCAUAGCUUAAGACACGCACCUCUUCGGCUCCGUCUUGUAGGACCUCGGCCUGGCCUGGAGGGGUUCCAUACAGGUCCCCGCAGGCUCUUUCAGCUCCCGCCGCUUCCAGGCCCGCGGUACUACCGAGACCUCAGCCUCGAGCUCCCCAGGGCCGUUCCGACCUCCCGCAGGCCUUGCAGGCCUGAGCGCCUCCCGAUUAGCCCGCCCUUCACCUCCCUCCCACCAGGCCACUCGUUAGGCCUUCCAAACGCGACCCUCGCAGCCCGCCCCUUACGGGGAAGCCCCUCCCCUCGCCAGCCCCGUGGUCCCGCCCUUUACGGGUGCCCGUGCCCCUCCCCUCUCCGGCUUCGAAGCCCCGCCCUGUACAGGUGUUCGUGCCCCUCCCCUCGCCAGCUCCGAAGCCCGGCCCUGUACAGUGUUCGUGCCCCUUCCCUCGCCGUCGCCGAAGCCCGUCCUGUACAGUAACCAGACCACAACACUGAGCUUGGAGCACCAAGAACAGGUCAGGCCCGUCGGCAGGAGCCCCACCUUCUUUGGCCAGGAUGCCUUUGGGACGCUUGGCAGGGAGCUUCCGCUCCGAGGAGGGAAGCGAGGCCUUUCUGGAGGGAAUGGUGGAUUGGGAGCUGAGUAGGCUGCAGCGACAAUGCAAGGUGAUGGAAGGGGAGAGGCGGGCCUACAGCAAGGAAGUCCACCAGCGCAUCAACAAGCAACUCGAGGAGAUCCGGCGCUUGGAGGAGGUACGGGGCGAUCUUCAGGUGCAGAUCAGCGCAGCCCAGAACCAGGUCAAGCGGCUUCGGGACAGUGAGCGGCUGGAGAACAUGGACCGCCUGUUGAAGGGCCGGGCCCAGGUUCAGGCAGAGAUCGAGGAGCUGCAGGAGCAGACCAGGGCCCUGGACAAGCAGAUCCAGGAGUGGGAGACACGGAUCUUUACGCACAGUAAGAAUGUCAGGUCCCCAGGAUUCAUCCUGAAUCAGAAGGUCAAGAUCGGGCGAAGGAUCAGGAUCCUAGAAGACCAGUUGGACAGGGUCACCUGUCACUUUGACAACCAGCUGGUGCGGAACGCUGCCCUGCGGGAGGAGCUGGAUCUGCUGCGGAUCGACAGGAACCGCUAUCUGAACGUGGACCGCAAGCUGAAGAAGGAGAUCCACCGCCUGCGGCACCUGGUCAGCACCCUUAUCCUCUCCUCUACCGCUGCCUACGCCGUCAGGGAGGAGGCGAAGGCCAAGAUGGGCUUGCUGCGGGAGCGCGCGGAGAAGGAGGAGGCCCAGAGUGAGACGGAGGCGCAGGUCCUGCGGCGGCAGAUAUCACACCUGGAGCAGCUGCACCGCUUCCUCAAGCUCAAAAACAACGACCGGCAGCCGGAUUCCGAUGUCCUGGAGAAGCGUGAAAAGCAGGCCCGGGAGGUGGCCGAGGGCGUCCGGAAGACCUCCCAGGAGAGGCUGGUGCUUCGCUACGAGGACGCCCUGAAUAAACUGUCCCAGCUGAUGGGGGAGAGCGACCCCGACCUGUUGGUGCAGAAGUAUCUGGAGAGUGAGUGGGGCCCUGGGUGGAGGGAGGAGGCCCAGGGGCCCCGGCACCCCCUGAGUCCAGUGCAGGCUGGCUUCGGCUCUGGCUCUGGGGACUCCUCCACCUGCACUGGAGGAACAAGGUGUCAGGCCUGGGACCCGCCACCCAUGUCCACUGGCGUCUUACUGUGGCCCUGUCUCUGCCCCUCCCCAUCCCCUCCUCACUCCUGGGCCUGGGGUCACUCUCCACAUCCUUCCCUCAACCCCGUCCCUCUCUGUGUCUCUCCUUACCCAUAUCUACCGUUCUCCAUGCCUGCAUCUCCCCAUCUCCCUUGCUAUUACCGAGUCUCUCUGGCUUUCCCUCUCUGCCUUGCUAUGUAUUUCUGUGUUUCCCCGUCGUAUCUUCCCACGCCUCUUGGUCUCUGUGAUUCCUCUCUGUUCAUCUCUCUGCCUUGGUCUCUGUGUGGCCUUCCUCUUCCUCACUUUCUCUGGCCUUCUGUGUGCCUGUCUGUCUCUGUUCUCUCUGUAUCUGUGUCUCUGUCUCCCUCUCUCUGGGACCCGCCUUGCCCAACUUUCCCAGUCGAGGAGCGCAACUUUGCUGAGUUCAACUUCAUCAAUGAGCAGAACUUGGAGCUGGAGCAUGUGCAGGAAGAGAUCAAGGAGAUGCAGGAGGCUUUGGUGAGUGCACGUGCCAGCAAGGAUGACCGGCAUUUGCUGCAGGAGCAGCAGCAGAAUGCGUUGCAGCAGCGCAUGGACAAGGUGCGCUCGGAGGCUGAGCGACUUGAGGCCCGCUUCCAAGAUGUGCGGGGACAGCUGGAGAAGCUCAAGGCUGAUAUCCAGCUCCUCUUCACCAAGGCCCGUUGCGACGGCAGCAUGAUCGAUGACCUCCUUGGGGUCAAGACCGGCAUGGCAGACCGGGACGUGGGUCUCUUCCUGAGCCUCAUCGAGAAGCGGCUGGUGGAGCUCCUGACAGUGCAGGCCUUCCUGGAUGCCCAGAGCCUCACCUCCCUGGCCGACGCUGCCCUCCUGGCGCUGGGCCGGAACCUGGAGGACCUUCCGAAGAAGAUGGCCCCACUUCAGCCCCCUGACAAUCUAGAAGACCCCCCAGGGUUUGAGGCCAGCGAUGACUACCCCAUGAGCAGGGAGGAGCUGCUGAGCCAAGUGGAGAAGCUGGUGGAGCUCCAGGAGCAAGCAGAGGCGCAGCGCCAGAAGGACCUGGCCGAUGCCGCCGCGAAGCUGGACGGCACCCUGAGCGCGGACCUGGCCAGCACCCAGAGGGCCGGCUCCAGUACCGUCCUGGUGCCCACCAGGCAACCCCGUGCCAUCCCCGGGUCCAUCUUGAGCCACAAGACUAGCAGAGACCGUGGCUCUCUUGGCCGCGUCACUUUUGGCCCCCUCAAAUCCAGCCCGGGGCAUUUGCCCAGCCACGUCACGCACGGUGACCCCAACACUGGCCACAUGACCUUCGGCUCCACCAGUACCUCGAGUGGGGGCCACAUGACCUUCAGACCUGUCAGCACCAGCAGCUACCUGGGCUCCACUGGAUACGCGGGGUCCAGCAGGGGUGGAGAAAACACAGAGGGUGGCGUGGAGAGCGGAGGCACAGCGUCUGAUUCCAGCGGAGGCCCCAGGUCCAGCGGAGGCCCCGGGUCCAGCAGAGACCACGUCUCCAGCACCGGCCCUGCCUCCAGCACUGGCCCCGGCUCCUCCACCAGCAAAGACUCCCAGGGCUGACACGAGGGGCACGCAGCCCCCAGCCUGCCCUGGCUCUCUGUAGGGGUCUUUUUUUGUGUCUCUACUUCCCUGUUUGCCUUGUGGGUCCCUGUCUUUUUCUCCCAGUCCCAGGCCUCUGUCUUUUUGCUGCUCUUAACUGUUUUCAUCUGCCUUUCAUCACCACCUCACCUCUGUCUCCUAGUUCCUUUCUCUCCGCUCCUGACCCUGCUUUUCCCUCUGCCUCCCGAUCUCCUGUUCUCUCGGCUUCCCAGUCAGUGUCCGUCCUUCUUGUCUCCAUAUCUGCCCCUUCCGUGUCUGCUGAGCCCUGACCCCCUGUUGAUUCCCCACCUUCUGUUGCUGGCUCACUCUCCUCGUCUCCAUCUCCCAGGCUCUCCAUACAUCCUGUGUCCCUCUCUCUGCAGCUCCUCACUCCCCAAGAGCCCUCUAGUGCUGACAGGCAUGGGAAAAGUCAGGGCGAAGAUGCCAGGUUCAGCAUGGGAAAAUGGGACUGUGGAAAUAAAGCCUAUGUGUGGA